AUGCACUGGCUCAGGAACCUUGUACCUCUUACAAUCUGUUCUACAGCUCUUGCGGCUGCAGCUUCCAAGGGAGGAGUAUCGCAAAAAGGCAAUGUCUGUACAGUAACAGCUCUAGGAGGGAAACGAAACGAUGUCCCGAAUAUCCUGGAGGCGUUCUCUCGUUGCGGAAAGGAUGGUACCAUCGUCUUUCCAGAGGACCAAAAUUACUGGAUUGCAACGAGGCUCAAUCCUGUUGUGAGUAAUGUUGUAAUUGACUGGCGCGGUGUAUGGACAUUCUCCGAUGACCUCGACUACUGGCGCAAUCACUCUUAUCCCAUUACCUUCCAAAACCAUCAUGCGGGCUUUGUCCUGACUGGAGACCAUAUUACUAUCGAGGGACACGGAACGGGGCAAAUCUACGGCAAUGGUAAUGCUUGGUAUAAUGUCGAACAAGCUGUCACGCAGCCUGGAAGACCGAUGCCUUUCGUCUUUUGGAAUGUGUCAGAAGUUCUUGUAGAGGAUUUCACUGUCAAGGAUCCUCCUCUGUGGUCCUUAAACAUCAUGAAUGGCACAAAUAUGGUCUUCAACAACAUUACAUGCAAUGCAACUGCCGUGAAUGCUCCAUAUGGUAGCAAUUGGGUGCAAAACACGGAUGGUUUUGAUACCAUGGAUGCAAACAACAUCGAAUUAAAUGGUUUCACGUAUCAGGGUGGAGACGACUGUGUUGCCAUCAAACCACGCUCUUACAAUGUCCGUGUUUCGAAUGUACUCUGUCAUGGUGGUAAUGGCAUUGCCAUUGGAAGCCUCGGCCAGUACCUCGAGGAUGCUUCGGUCAAGAAUGUGGUUAUAGACAAUGUCAAUAUCGUCAGUUAUAAUAAGGAUAUGCACAACUCGGCAUACAUCAAGACAUACAUGGGCGGCCGAGUGCUACAAAGCUCGUACGAAAGUGCCGGCUUACCAAAUGGCGGCGGUUGGGGUACAGUCGAGAACAUCCUCUUCUCGAAUUUCAAUAUUCRGGGAGCCRGCGCUGGUCCCGCCAUGACUCAAGAUUCUGGAGACAAUGGCACUUUCAAAGGGACCAGUCUCAUGGCCAUCUCGAAUAUUGCCUUUGUCAACUUUACAGGAUACUUGAACGGAGCCUCACACUCCGCCUCGGUUUCUUGCUCCAAUGUCCAUCCAUGCUAUAACAUUGACUUCCAGAACGUCGAACUUCUCCCCUCCCAGAACGCGACGGCAUACGGCAAUGGUACCUGCUCAUACACCGAGUCGGGUGGUGUCCAUGGCCUUGUCGGGUGUUAA